AUGCCUCCUGCCGCCAACGAAUCUAACGGCUCCCCAAACAAGGAUGCCUUCCAGGCAGUUGACCCAGAAUCCCGCACUCAGCGCCCUCCAAUCAACACCAGAAACCCCUACCAGCCCGUACCGGACUUCCUCAGCAAUGUUGGCUCAUUCAAGAUCAUUGAGAGCACACUGAGAGAGGGCGAGCAAUUCGCCAACGCCUUUUUCGAUACUGCUAAGAAGAUUGAGAUUGCCAAAGCGCUGGACGAUUUUGGUGUUGAUUACAUCGAAUUGACCUCCCCUGCUGCAUCAGAGCAGUCAAGACUUGACUGUGAGGCUAUUUGCAAGCUCGGAUUGAAGGCUAAGAUCUUGACUCACAUCCGAUGCCACAUGGAUGAUGCUCGAAUUGCUGUCCAGACUGGUGUUGAUGGUGUCGACGUCGUCAUUGGAACUUCAUCUUUCCUCCGUGAGCACUCUCACGGAAAGGAUAUGGACUACAUUGCGAAGGCCGCCAUUGAGGUCAUUGAGUUCGUCAAGUCGCACAACAUCGAGAUUCGUUUCUCUUCAGAGGACUCUUUCCGAUCAGAUCUCGUCGAUCUCCUCAGCAUUUACCGCACCGUCGACAAGAUCGGUGUGAACCGUGUUGGUAUUGCCGAUACUGUUGGAUGUGCUUCUCCCCGCCAGGUCUACGACCUCAUCCGAACUCUCCGUGGUGUUGUCUCUUGCGAUAUCGAGACUCACUUCCACAACGAUACCGGAUGUGCUGUUGCCAACGCCUACUGCGCUCUUGAGGCUGGUGCUACCCACAUUGACACCUCCGUUCUCGGUAUCGGUGAGCGUAACGGUAUCACCCCUCUCGGUGGAUUGAUGGCUCGCAUGAUCGUUGCCGACCGUGACUACGUUAUGGGCAAAUACAAGCUCCACAAGCUUCGUGACCUUGAGAACCUCGUUGCUGAGGCCGUUGAGGUCAACAUCCCCUUCAACAACUACAUCACUGGUUUCUGCGCUUUUACCCACAAGGCCGGUAUUCACGCCAAGGCCAUCCUUGCCAACCCAAGCACCUACGAGAUUAUCAACCCCGCCGACUUCGGUCUCACCAGAUACGUCCACUUCGCGUCCAGGUUGACCGGAUGGAACGCAAUCAAGAGCCGUGUUGAGCAAUUGAACCUGGAUUUGACCGACGCUCAAUGCAAGGAGUGCACUGCCAACAUCAAGCAGCUUGCUGAUGUCAGGCCAUUGAACGUUGAUGAUGUUGAUUCCAUCAUCCGUCAAUACCACUUCAACAUCAAGACUGGCAAGGACACCCCAUUGCUCAAGGGUCUCGACCACCCUGCUCCCGUAAUCGAUGAGAUGGCUGUCGAUGGUGAGCCAGCAGCCAAGAAGCUGAGAUCUGAGAUCGACCAGGACGCUACCAAAUGCUGUUAA